AUAAAGCACCAUGUGCGAGAGAGAGACCCCCACGGCUCAGGCGGUGAGACCUCAAUUAGCUGGAAACCAGCUCCCAGGGCCCCUCUACUCUCUGCUCCGUGUUUGAGGGAAGUCGCUGCCACUGUCCUUGCAGAGAAGGCCGGAGAUCCAGCCGUGGGGACGCCCAGGGUGGCUGACACUGGUCCCCCUGCAGAGAGGGUUGGGAAGCUGCUGGAGCUGGAGAGAGGAGCCAAGAAGGGGCCCUGACUUGUGCUGGCCCCGCGUCAGCACUGCCAGGCGAGGGUGGGGGAGGAAGAGGCGGGAAGGCCUCCAGCCCCUGCCCAGGCGCGACCCCUUGGCUCGGCCGAGCCCCCUCCUCAUGGCCUCCAAGCCGGCUGCCGGGCGGAGCCCUGGGGAGAAGCGCAAGAGGGUGGUGCUGACGCUGAAGGAGAAGAUGGACAUCUGCCGGCGCCUGGAGAAGGGCGAGAGCAGGCGGGCGCUGAUGCAGGAGUACAACGUGGGCAUGUCCACCCUGUACGACAUCAGGGCCCACAAGGCCCAGCUGCUCCGCUUCUUCGCCAGCUCCGACUCGGACAAGGCGCUGGCGCAGCGCCGCACCCUGCACACACCCAAGCUGGAGCACCUGGACCGCGUGCUGUAUGAGUGGUUCCUGGUGAAGCGGUCCGAGGGCGUGCCCGUCUCGGGCCCCAUGCUCAUCGAAAAGGCCAAGGACUUCUACGAGCAGAUGCAGCUGACCGAGCCCUGCGUGUUUUCUGGCGGCUGGCUCUGGCGCUUUAAGGCCAGACAUGGCAUCAAGAAGCUGGAUGCGUCUAGCGAAAAGCAGGCGGCCGACCAGCAGGCAGCUGAGCAGUUCUGCGGGUUCUUCCGGAGCUUAACCGCUGAGCACGGCCUGUCCCCGGAGCAGGUCUACAACGCCGACGAGACCGGCCUCUUCUGGCGCUGCUCCCCCAGCCCCAGCCCAGAGGGUGGGCCAACGCCCAGCCCCACGCAGAGCAAGGACCGGCUGACCGUCCUCAUGUGUGCCAACGCCACGGGCUCCCACAGGAUCAAACCCUUGGUGGUUGGGAAAUGGGGUGGCCCCAAGGCGGUGCAGGGCCUCCAGCACCUGCCUGUUGUGUACAAGGCCCAAGGCAGCGCCUGGGUGGACAAGGAGAUUUUUGCUGACUGGUUCCAUCAUAUCUUCGUGCCCGCAGUGAAGGAGCACUUCCGAGCCGUGGCCCUGCCAGAGGACAGCAAGGCCAUCCUCCUCCUGGACGGGUCCCGGGCUCACCCGCGCGAGGCUGAGCUGGCCUCGGAGAAUGUCUUCACCAUCUUCCUGCCCGCCAGCGUCACCACCCUGCUCCAGCCCAUGGACCAGGGCAUUCGGAGGGACUUCAUGAGGAACUUCGUCACGCCCCACGGCAGGCUGCAGGCCUUGGCUCCCCGCUGCAGCGUGCACGACGCCGUGCUCGACGUGGCCUGCGCCUGGGACGCGGUGCCAGGCACCGUCCUCAGCCGGGCCUGGAGGAAGCUGUGGCCCGAGGCUGCACUCAUGGAGGGCUCAUCCUCCGAGGAGGAGCCGGAGCGGCUCAGGACUAAGCCCCCCGACCAGGCCUUUGCGCACACCCCCGGGCUCGCAGCAGGCACCCCGGCCCGCCUCGGGAGCACGGCCUCAGGGAGCCUGGAGCCGGCGGAGGCUGGGGGGAUGGACAGAGCAGCCUGGGAGCACGCGGCGGUGUCCUUUGACGCCGUGGUGCGCUUCGCGGAGGCACAGCCCUGCUUCUCGGCACAGGAGCUGGGCCAGCUGCGCGCACUGCACUCCGUGUUCAGCAGGCGGUGGCAGGCGCAGCGGCGCGGGGCCCCCACCGCCGCGGUCAAGCUCGAGGCGCCCUGGGAGCGCCCUGGGCCUCGCGGCACCCAGCCUUGCUCCCCACUGCCCAGCUCGUCCACGGCCAGCGAGGCCUGAGGCAGUGAGGCCUGACCUGCAGUCUCGGGGUCAUGUUCCUUGGAACAGCCUGCCCCGUUGAGGUUUUGCCGUGUGGUCUGUCCUGCCACUUGAGCGUGAGGAGGUCUUCCUCAACGGCCCACCCAGACCUGAAAUGUCCCAGAACCUCCAGGGGCUGCCACCCAGCUUGUAUUUGCUGCCUAAGCCUUGUGUGCAAGGGUAGGGACGUCUGUCUGUCCAAGCGGGGAAGAGCCACCUUCAGCCAACUGACUGUGGUCCCCACUGCUGCUUGAUGGGGCUGACACUUCCUAAGGGCUCCCUGCUUGCCCGAUGGGGCUGUCUGCAGGUCUGGGGGCCAGCCCUGGGUCAGGCAGGUCACUGAGGGUGGGACUUGAUUGUGAAUGAGAGUCCGUGUGGCCCCUGCCUGUGGCGUUGCAGGCCCGUGUCCCCACGUCGGUCGUCAGCUCUCCUGGCAGAGUGAGCCUCACUUCCAUGUUGCCCUGGGCCUCGGGCCCCAGGAUGCAGCGGUAGAGUUGUUAGAGCCAGCAGGAGCAGGCCACCAGGGAGCCCAUUGCCCCAGUGUGGGCCCCCAGGUCACUGCCAGUGUUUUGAGCAUCUGGGCUCCAAGUCCUGUAUGUGGUCCACAGUCCCUCAAUCCCCAGAACUUCGCAUUCACUGCCUCCGCAUUAGUAAACCUGGACCAGACGUUCAGAAGUUAGUCUUAGGUGAUGUAACAAAAACGGUAAAAGGAGCUGCUCAGAUGCCUAGCAGCGUCGGAACUCUUACUUUGAGCUGUUGGCCCCGUAGUGAUUCACAUGGGGAAAGGUGACUGUGUGGGCCUCUCUUGUAGAGACCUGUACCCGGAGACUUGCUGUGCUCCCUACAUCACUGCCGAUGCCUCCAUUCUGCAUCGCUCGUCACCAGACAGAGCGCCCCUGGCCGGCCUGGUCCCUUAUCACCAGACGGAGAGCCCCUGGUCACGACCAGACAGAGCGCCCCUGGGCAGCCUGGUUGCCUGUCACCAGACGGAGCGCCCUGGGCAGCCUGGCCGCCCUCUUUGAAUGAACCGGAAGUGGGCGCACUUUUCUGGGCUCUUCACCGCUUGCCUUCAGUUCCACCGCUUCUCGGGCAGCUGAUUGAGCACACAGUUUUCAUUCCUGUGUUAUUCAUUCCACCGAGACACCCUUGUUCCCACAAGAGCCAAGGGGAGGCGAGGGUUCGGUUUGUGGUCGUUUGUCUGGUGUCUUUGCAUCCUUCCAAACACAGGUGACAGUCAUGGCUGGCCUGCCGCUGCUCUCUGAGCCGUGUGUUUCCCGAUGAAAACGUGUGUAUGAAGAUUGUGAAACAAGCACAGGUCAUUUUCAAAGUCGCAUUGCUGAUUUUUGGGCCAGACCACCUCCCGCUGCGCUUUCACGGCGGUCUCCCGCACGUGUGGGGCGGCAGCUGUGCAGUGUGCACUCACACCCCUUCUGGACUCGUGUGCCCCCUGUGCUGUGGGCAUGCAGCAGGGUCAGAUGUGCCCCCUGCUGCGGGCGUGCAGCAGGGUUAGAUGUUGGGGCGGCAGCCUGGACGUGACGGAUGGACACAUGGAGACGCUCCCUCCCCACGGCCAGCCCCAGUCCAGUGGCCUGGAGCAGCAGGACGGUGCUGGGGGUAGGCCGGCCUCCUAGCCCCCCUGUGGGUGCUCGGUCCCCACCAGACGUAGCCCCCGGGCCGGAUUCUCGUCCUGCCCACACAGCCUGCUCCCGUCCCCGCUGUGUCAUGGCCGGUCGGUAAGCAGCCGUCCCCGCUGGCCAAGGGAGCCUGCCCUUGGCGCUCCUUCUUGAACCGCUGCUUCCCUGGUUGCACUGGGCCUCGGGGGUCUGGUUAGACCUUCAGUGUGGGAGGCCCCGGAGGCUGUGCAGCUGGAGAAGGCCCAUCCGCCUGCAGGGCCGCGGUGAACCGCCCACCUCACCUGCAUUUCCUGUUGGGGGUGGGAAGCAGGAGGCCCUGCCCUGCACACCCACAGC